AUGGGAUACCUCAAGGUUGUUAAGAACCGUGCAUACUUCAAGAAGUACCAGACCAAAAUGAGAAGAAGAAGAGAGGGAAAGACUGAUUACUAUGCCCGCCGUAAAAUGAUCUUCCAAGACAAGGACAAAUACAGAACCCCAAAGUACAGACUCAUUGUUAGAAUCACUAACAAGAACGUCAUUGCUCAAGUUGCACACUCCGAGAUUGUCGGUGAUAAGAUCAUCUGUGCUGCUUAUUCAUAUGAACUUGCCAAAUACGGAAUCACUCUUGGUUUGACUAACUAUGCUGCCUGUUAUGCUACUGGUCUCUUGAUGGCUAGAAGACUUCUCCAGAAGCUUAACCUCGACAAGACUUUCGUAGGUGUCUCUGAUGCCAAGAAGAUUGGUGAGGACUUCACUCAAGAAGAAGUCAAGGAAAGAAGACCAUUCAAAUGCAUUUUGGAUGUCGGACUUGCUAGAACCACGACUGGUGCUAGAAUCUUCGCUGUUAUGAAGGGUAUGUGUGACGGUGGAGUCUAUGUCCCACACUCACCAUCAAGAUUCGUCGGUGCCGGUGAAAACGACAAGGCCCUCAGAGGAAGAAUCCUCGGCGCUCACGUCGCUUCUUACAUGAAACACUUGUCAGAGGAGAACGCUGAUUUGUACAAGAAGCAAUUCGGAAGAUUCAUUAAGGCUGGUAUCUCCCCGGACAGCCUCGAAAAGAUGUAUCUCGAAGCUCACAAGAAGAUCAGAGAGAAUCCAGCUGCCGCUAAACACGACGCCAAGAAGGAGUACAAGAAGAGACCACAAAACAAGAAGUUGACUCUUGAACAAAGAAAGGCUAACAUCCAAGCCAAGCUCGCCAAGAUCGCUGAACAAGAAAAGAAGGAAUAA